AUGUACAAUAAGAAGCAGGUAGGACAGAAAAACCAUUUGAAGGAAUCUGAAAUCCCAAAUUAUUUCAGUUCUGGAUUGAAGAAUGGUAAUCCAGGAGACUGGAACAAGGCUUCUGAAUCAAUGGAACCUGAUUCCUUAAGUAUUAAUUCAGAGGAGGAAUUCUCUAGUGACAACCAUUCAACAGAGUUUGAGCCACCCAAGCUUGAGUUCAUUGAGAAGGAGCACAGCAGUCCAUUUGUAAUGGAAGAACUCCUAAGGGCCUCUGUAGAGCUGCUGGGAGAAGGAGCCUCUGGGGAGGUGUAUAGAGUGAUGAUGGAUAAUGGUGUUGCUUUGGUUGUCAAGAGGCUCAAGGAUUUGCAAGUGGAAGGGAAGGAAUUUGAGAACAGGAUGGAAUUCAUGGGGAAUCUGAAGCACUCAAAUGUGCUCCCUAUAUUUGCCUAUUGUUUUUCCCCUGAUGAGAACCUUGUUAUCUAUCAAUAUCAAAACGAAGGGAGUCUUGCUUCGCUGCUGCAUGAGUUUUUCAAAGGACAGAGAGAAUUGAAGUGGGACACCAGGCUCUCAAUCAUUAGAGGAGUUGCAAGUGGCCUAGCAUUCAUGCACCGAGAGUUCGAAUCCCAGGGCAGCAUUCCCCAUGGCAACCUCAAGCCUUCCAAUGUGAUUCUGAGAGAAAACCUAGAACCAUACAUUGCAGACUAUGGUUUCAAUUCGCUGGUAGAAGCAGACACAAUCCCAACACCUUUCCCUUCAGAUGCCUACAAAGCCCCAGAAAGAAAAAUCACCCAAAAAACAGAUGUGUACAGCUUUGGAUUUAUGCUCCUUGAAUUACUAACAGGCAAAAGGGCUGAUAAUGGAGGCUUUAACCUCCCUAAUUGGGUUCAGUCUGUUGUAAGAGAAGAGUGGGCUGUGAAUGUCUUUGACAAAGAGAUGGUGAGAAAUGCAGGGGAGGAUAGGAUAGUUCAACUUCUGCAACUAGGCCUAAAUUGUGUGAAUAUGGUACCUGAGAUUAGGCCUACUAUGAGCUAUGCUUGUGAUGUGAUUGAUGAGCUAUGGGAUCAUGAAGAAGAGUCCAAUAAUUCUUUUGAGUCUUCCCAGUCUUCAUUUCAUUCAACCCACUUCACCACUGAAUUGCCAGGAGGAGGGAUUUCUAUGGCCACACCAAGUCCUAUCAGGAAUCAAUCAAUUAUGAUAUAA